GCGGCUCAACGCGGUUGGACUGCCUGCGUCUCUCCGACUCUUUCUGUGGAAUUUGAAUUAUUUUCGGGGGGCACCGCACGGUUCGUGGCACGCGGGGGGACCGGCACCGACGGGGGGGUCAUCUACCGGGUACAGCGGUGAUCACGGGGAGCUCAGCGAUGAAUAAGCUACGGCAGAGCUUCCGCCGGAAGAAAGACGUCUACGUGCCGGAGUCGAGUCGGCCGCACCAGUGGCAGACGGACGAGGAGGCCGUCCGCAGCGGCAAAUGUAGCUUUGCGGUCAAGUACCUGGGACAUGUGGAGGUGGAGGAGUCCCGAGGCAUGCACAUCUGCGAGGAUGCAGUGAAGCGGCUUAAGACGGACAGGAAAUUCUUCAAAGGAUUCUUUGCAAAAGCUGGGAAGAAGCCAGUGCGUGCCGUGUUGUGGGUUUCAGCAGACGGUCUUCGCGUUGUAGACGACAAAACAAAGGACCUGAUUCUGGACCAGACAAUAGAGAAGGUGUCGUUCUGCGCUCCGGACCGUAACUUUGAGAGGGCGUUCUCCUACAUCUGCAGAGACGGCACCACGCGGCGCUGGAUCUGCCACUGUUUUAUGGCCAUUAAGGACUCGGGAGAGCGUCUCAGUCACGCUGUGGGUUGUGCCUUCGCCGCCUGUCUGGAGCGAAAACAGAAACGGGAGAAGGAGUGUGGGGUCACGGCAACCUUCGACGCCAACAGAACCACUUUCACCCGCGAGGGCUCGUUUCGUGUGACGACGGCAACGGAGGCGGCAGAGCGGGAGGAAGUCAUGAGGCAGCUACAGGACGCUAAAAAAGCGGAGACAGAUGUGAAGGUUGCUGGGAACUCAGCCACCAGUGUGACAAACUCCUCGGCACACCCGACGGGAGGCUCCCCCUCCCCCUCGUCCUCCCCUCCUCUCUCCAUGGCCAGCCUGGGACCCCAGGUGAUCCCACGCAGACACGCACCUGCCGAGGCUCUGGCCAGGCAGGGCUCCUUCAGGGGCUUCCCGGUGCUCAGUCAGAAGACCUCUCCCUUCAAACGACAGAUGUCACUGCGCAUGAACGAGCUGCCCUCCACCAUGCAGCGCAAGUCUGACUUCCCCAUGACGAACACAGUCCCUGAGGUAGAAGGAGAAAGCGACAGCAUUAGCUCGCUGUGCACUCAGAUCACCUCGGCGUUCAGCGGACCCCCAGAGGACCCCUUCUCCUCGGCACCAAUGCCCAAACCAGCGUCAUCCCCUCAGUCUCCUGUAGCACCGGUGAACGGCUCAGCUCCUGCCUUCUCUGUUGUUGCUGCUGCUGUUGCUGCUGCUGCUGCUGCUGUUAACCCCCCAGUUCUGCCCCCCGCUCUGCCUGCUCGAGAAACUAACCCCUGGGCUAAAACUCCAGCAGGAGCCCCGGCCUCAGCGCAGCCAGGAAGUAACUGGUCAUCUCCUACCCCGGUGAUCGUGGUCCCCCCCUCGUCCUCCCCGUCCAUGUCCGCCCACAGACGCACGCCAUCAGAAGCCGACCGGUGGUUAGAAGAAGUCACCAAGUCGGUCCGAGGCCCGCCGCCCAAUCCCAUCAUGGCGGCCGCCGCGCUCCCCGCCCAGUUCUCCGCCCCUGUGGCGAUGCCUGUGGCGUCCGUUCCCUCCGUCGCCCCGGUGGCCUUCAUGUCCCCUCUGCCCUCCGCCGUGCCCAUGUUGCCCCCCCGCCAGCCCGCCUUCCACGUUCAGGCUCCGGCCUCCUACCCGAUGCCCAACGGGCUGCCGUUCCCUCAGCCCAACGUGCCCGUGGUCGGCAUCACUCCUUCACAGAUGGUGGCGAAUGUGUUCGGCUCGGCGACGCAGCCCCAGCCGUUCCCCGUCCCGGCCUCCGCCACGCCCCAUCAUGAUCCCCAGGCCGUCUGUCACAUCAGCCCGUUCAUCAAACCCCCUCCAUCCAACGCAGUGGCCCCCGCUCCCCUCCAUCCGUCCAACGGUAGCGUGACCUUUAACGGGGCAGAUAACUGGGCGGCGCAUUCCCAACUCGCUCCAUCCUCCCCGGCCAACCAGCCGCCCAUACAGCCGGCGGAAGACAUCUUUGAGGCCCAGUGGGCGGCGUUGGAGGGCCGCUCGCGCCAGCGCACCACACCCUCCCCGACAAAUCCCUUCUCCACUGAGCUGCACAAGACCUUUGAGAUCCAGCUCUGAAGGCUGUGUUUGAGAUUAGAAAGUAACUGGACAUCAAGGAGGCCAUUUAAGUCGUGGGAGCAGAUGGAUGAUUGACUAAAGAAGAGAGGGGAAUGUCCCCCUGCCUCUCUUCAUCUCGGUCUCAGUGGACAAGCUCAGCAGCAGAGAAAAAGAUCUGGGAGACAGUGAAGAGCAACGGGUGAACCAACAGGGAGCAGAACUCUGCACAGCAGUGAGAGGAGAAAAAUACAAAACCAGUUGCUUUUAACAAGGCUGCAGCUCCCCAGGCAUUUCAUUAACAUUGUCUGUGUUGUUUUGUUUGUGCUGUGCAGCGCAAGCUCUUCUUUUUUCCCCGGUGGGAUAUCUGCACCACAGCUUCCCCCCUGUCGGCCCCCUGCCACCCACCCAUCUGUGGCGGCCCCCGUCCACAGCCCACAUCCACUCGGUCAGCUCCCAGCGCUCCCAGUCGACAGGACGAGACCUCCCUCACCUGGCAGAGGAACUGCAGCACUGAGAGAACUCAGCUUCCACAUGAGAAGUUCUCAUUAUUAACUUCCCAGUCAGAAGAAUAAAGUGAGACAAUGCCAAAAUCUUUAUUUUUAUGCAUUAAGUAUAUUUUAAAUAGCUUUGGAAUCUAACAGAAGAGUUGUAAGUAAUCGUGCCAAAGGCACAGGCUAGCUACAAUGAGACGAGUUUAUGUUCGUGUAUACAAGAAAUGACCGUAUAUAUUAUACAUAAAUAUAUAUAUAUAUAUAUAUAUAUAGCUAUAAAGAAUCUAUACUGUACACACAGCUCACAGCAGUGCUAAUUUUUAUUGUGAUGUAAAGAGAUUUUGUGAAGGGACAGCUGCUUUACUUUUGUGUCUGUUUGUUUUUUGGUUUUAUUUUUGAAGAAAAAUCUCUUUAUUGUUGUCUGUUGCAUCCUGUGAUUGGAUGUGAAGCAUCUCACUGUAAAUAUGGUAUCAUUGCAGCAACAAUCAAUGUGGACCUAGCAAUGGUGGUGGUGCCCAACUGGUUGCCUCUCUAACCUGUGCUCAGUUUUUAAUAGUUUAUAGUACACAUCAGUACUUAUAAUUUGACUUCUUCUGUCUUCAUUGUCAUCUUUUUUUGCGUGGCAAUGAUCUUGUUUUUUUAUUUAACACAGUAGGACGUCAUCUCCUGUCUCUCCACCUCUUAUAUUAUUUUUUUAAGUAGUAGAUUUCUUAAUUUUUACUUUGCACAAGCACUAAAGUAGAUGAUUUGACCUCACAGGUGACCUUGAUCAGCAUGGGUUAGUCAGUUGUGGUGCUGCGGCGGCUGAGAGGCCGCGGACCUGCACCGACCUCCGUUAGCCUGCCGUGGUUCUGACUAUCAGCAGAAAACUACAGGGAGAUAAAAACGGUUUCAUCUCUCACUGUCUGAUUUCUCUCUGUCAUGUUUUUAUUUUUUUAAAUCAAACCUGUGAAUAUGAUCUAUUAUCUGAUCUAUUUUUCCAUUUUGUAAUUAUUUCAUUUCUUUAUUCCACUUCUUUGGAGAAAUAUUGAAGCUAAAAGAUUGAAUAAAUUGAU